GUGUAGGUGUGGAAAUCGCGCGGUGCGGUGGAGUUCUCCAGUUACCGACGGCGUGCUUGGUGCCCUUCCGGUGUUCCUUGCUUGGUGUGCUGUCCAUUCUGCCUUCCAGGGAAGCGCAGGAAAGAUUCUGUGGAGGAAGAGCUGGGCUCCCUGAGGGGGAAAGGGGCAACCGAGGGGCUCUGGGAGCAUCUCAGAGCCGGGUUGCGGCCCGGAAGACAGGAGAAGCUGAGGGGACGACAAAGAAGGGCCCCAGCAAGCAGGUUCCGAACCCGCUGGGACCAGGGCUAGUCCCGCGGAAGGACUGAGGCAGCCGCGCGAUGUUCGGUGCCCGGUGCCUCUUCCGAAUCCUGCGCUCCUGUUCCUCUGCCCCGUGUCCGAGACAUAAACCUUCUGCCAAAUUGAGCGUGCGGGACGCUCUCAGGGCCCAGAACCCGAGUGGGGAGCGCGUUAAGGUCCAGGGAUGGAUUCGUUCAGUCCGAUCCCAGAAGGAAGUCUUAUUCCUGCAUGUAAAUGAUGGCUCAUCUUUGGAAAGCCUUCAGGUUGUUGCAGAUUCAAGUUUUGACCAGAGAGAACUGGCUUUCGGGAGUUCUGUGGAAGUUCAAGGGCAGCUGGUAAAAAGUCCAUCCAAAAGGCAAAAUGUGGAACUGAAGGCAGAAAAAAUUGAGGUUGUUGGAAAUUGUGAUGCCCAGGCUUUCCCAUUUAAAUAUAAAGAGAGGCAUCCUCUGGAGUAUAUGAGACAAUAUCCUCACCUUAGGUGUAGGACUAAUGUUAUGGGUUCUAUACUAAGGGUUCGCAGUGAAGCCACAGCUGCUAUUCAUUCUUUCUUUAAGGACAGUGGCUUUGUGCAUAUUCAUACCCCGAUAAUCACAUCCAAUGACUGUGAGGGGGCUGGAGAACUCUUUCAAGUUGAACCUUCAAGCACAAUAAAGGUACCUGAGGAGAAUUUCUUCAAUGUUCCUGCUUUCUUAACUGUCUCAGGACAACUUCAUCUAGAAGUGAUGUCAGGAGCUUUUACUCAAGUGUUUACCUUUGGCCCAACAUUCCGAGCUGAGAAUUCUCAGAGCCGGAGACACCUGGCAGAGUUUUAUAUGGUUGAAGCAGAGAUUUCUUUUGUCGAGAGCCUUCAAGAUCUCAUGCAGGUUAUGGAGGGGCUUUUCAAGACUGCGACAAUGAUGGUUCUUUCAAAUUGUUCUGAAGAUAUUGAACUCUGUCACAAAUUCAUAGCUCCUGGCCAAAAGGACAGAUUAGAACAUAUGCUAAAAAACAACUUUUUAAUCAUUUCUUAUACUGAAGCUGUGGAGAUCUUAAAGCAAUCAUCCCAGAUCUUUACCUUCACCCCAGAGUGGGGUGUUGAUCUACACACUGAACAUGAAAAGUACCUGGUGAAGCAUUGUGGCAACAUUCCAGUCUUUGUCAUUAAUUAUCCAUUAGUACUCAAGCCUUUCUAUAUGAGGGAUAAUGAAGAUGGCCCCCAACACACAGUUGCUGCUGUUGAUCUUCUUGUCCCUGGAGUUGGGGAGCUCUUUGGAGGAAGCCUCAGAGAGGAACGGUACCAUUUCUUGGAGCAGCAACUGGCCAGAUCAGGACUGACAGAAGCCUACCAAUGGUAUCUGGACCUUCGUCGAUUUGGAUCUGUGCCACAUGGAGGUUUUGGAAUGGGAUUUGAACGCUACCUGCAGUGCAUUUUAGGAAUUCAAAAUAUCAAAGAUGUGAUCCCUUUUCCAAGAUUUACUCAUUCAUGUCUUUUAUAGCUGGAAGGUUGCUUAGGGAAAAAUCACCCCAUGACAGAGGCACUGCAACAUGAAUGUGCAUGCAGGAGAAUACAUGUUUGAAUUUUAGAAAUGCGGAAGUGUUCAGUAUGUAAUUGGCUUGUCAUAAAAUAUAGCAUAUGAAAAUGGAAAAUCAUGAUUUUCUUAGCAAGUUGAAAACAUUUCAUGGAAAGAUGAACUUCCCCAAGAAAAGGUACUUAGAGCAAGUGGAAUCUCAAAUUUGUUACUUCAGUUAAGAAGAAAUGAAGAAAUUGGACAAGAUGGUCUCAAAGGUCUUUUGAAACUCUAAGACAAGAUGAGAUAGUGUAUUUUAGUUUGCCUUUAAUCAUUAGAUCACCGCUCUUGUGUAACCUUUGUGAAACAACUAGUUGCUAAAAAUAAAAUGUUGAAUCUUUUCUUCCUUGCCACUUAACCUGUGAUAAAUGCCUAUCUUAUUCUCAGUGCCUUAUUAAACAUUACAGAAGGAAAUACAUCUUUUUAGGGUGUCAUCAAAAUAGCAUUAAUUGAUUUGAGGAAAUUGCUAUUCUGAAUUGAAGUCUUUCUUCAAGGGCUUGGGUGAAAAAAAUCACAUUUGAUAACUGUCGAUCUUUAAUUAUAAAAGCUAAUGAGAUGUAUUAAUUGCUUAGCCUCUUAAUCAUUGUUAUAAAUUAGUUUGUAUUAGAUGUUUAUAAUUUCUCCAGUAGUCAAUAAAAUAGAUUUCAAAUUGAUAGUUUAUGAAAAAAUCAACAAUUAUGUUUUUAAUUAUAUUUAUAUCCUUUUGGCCUUUUCCCAGUGAAAAUUCGAAGGAAGGUAUUUUCGCUUCAAGAUGAGGGUAUCCUUUUCCUAUGGAAAUAUGACUAAGCCUAAAGGGUGGUUAUUCUGUAGUGAAAAAGUAGCAUGGUAUAUUAGAGGUGAGAAGAGCAUUGAUUUGGGAGUUUGAGACCUGACAGUUCUGGCACUUAACACAUAUGAUUUUGGACAAGCCACCUACUCUAUGAUAUAUAUGAUUUUGGACAAGCCACCUACUCUAUAUGAGUUUAAGCAUCAUUUUUCUCACAGAGUUGAUAUAAUGAUUACAUGAAAUUGUGUGUGUGUUUAAAAUUGUGAAAUGCAACACAAACUUUUUAAAACUUGUUUUAGUCGUUUUGUCUUUGUUGAGUUACUUGUAUAUGGACCUAUAGCAAAUUGUAUACUCAGUAAAAUUUGUAUGUAUCAAACAAGUGUGAAAGGGCAUGCAUGCUUGAAUAAUCAAUUUUCUAAGUCUCAUUAGAUGACUUUUCUUGGGUUAAUUUCCUUAUGAAUUUGUAUACAUUAUUUUAGCCUAUUUCAAAAUCAAACAGUUGGAGAAAAAAACAAGCUGGAGAACUGUAGAGUUAGAAGACAACUCUAAUGCAAAAAGAUUGGGCACUUAGUGUUCCAGCCUCUCCUUGAAAGGGAGCUUAAUAUCUCACAAAAUAGUCAUGCCAUUUCUAAAUCUCUCUAAUUGGUAAUGUUUGCUGGACUAAAAUCUCAGCUAAAAUCUACUUCCCUGGAGCCCUAAUCCCUUUGGUUUAGAUGCCAAGUUCAGGACGAGAUAAAAGGGAUGAUUAAAACUUCCAUAAGGCUUGCCUCAACUAUAGAUUUGAGAAAGAAAUUCAUUUAUAUGUUCAAUAAAUAUUAUUUGAGCUUCUUCUGUAUGCCAGAACUAUGCUAAAUGAUAGACAAACAGUAGUGAUCAAAACAGAAAUAACCUGCCUUCAUGGAAUUUAUAAUCUAGUAAGGAAGAUAUGCAAUAAAUAAGUAAACAAGUGUAUUUCAAAAUAUAACAUAUUAUAAAGUUAUAAUAAAGAAUAGGGCACAUAGAUAAACUUGCUAGAGAAGCCAUCUCUGAAAAGAUAAUGUUUAACCUUAGACCUAGAAGAUAAAAUGAGAAACCAUUUUAAAACAUUUGCAACAUCAGCCAGUAUUGAUUUGGCAUUCAAGUCUUACUUGAAACCAUAUUAAUCUUGUGAAGCAAGGGUCACAGGCCCCAAACCUAAAGGCACAAUAGUUUCCAAGGCUCUCAUGACUCUUGAGGAACCAGAUAGAAUUGUAAUGUGAACAUUAUGGCAUGGCAUCAAAAAUAACAGUGAUGGAAAGAAUGCUAAAAUAGGAGAAACCCCAGGUUCUGGUCCCAGCACCACCAUUAAUUAGUUGUCGAGCAUUAGGCAACUAAGAUAAUCUUUGUGGCCUCCAGUUAGUUCAUCUGCAGGAUUAUCAUUUUGAAGUAGAUAAUUCUAUGGAUCCUUCUCGCUCUUAAUCUUUUGUGAAUUUGUGCUACACAGUCACUAGUAAUAGAUUUAGAGUGUAACCUUUAGACCAUGCAUAGUCCCUUACUUCAGUACAGACAGGUCUCUGAAAAUGUAAAAUCAAAUCACUGAAAGCUGAACAGUAAAUUUAAGUGUUCAACAUGUGUGUAUAUGGUGUAAGAUGAGGUCUUUCUCUAGGAGUCAAAAAUGCAUUGUUCCUUGCCCUUUUGAUAAAGUCUUUAGCAGUUUAUUUCCAAAACUGCAUGCUUCUUUGCUCAUUCUUUUCCUUUACAAUUGAACACAGUGAGUAAAUGGUUGAAGUCAAACAUUUGCCACUUAUAGGAAGCCUAAUAAUUUCUGUUUUUGACUUAACACUUCUAUUUUACCAAUAAUUGAACAAAAACAAGCACUGGUCUCAGACAAAGAUGAGGAAAAUGCCAAACUAAACUGUUGCUUGCAGGCAGCAUCAAUGGGAAAAAACCUGAAAUGUCUGUCAGCUGAUAUAUGAAUAUCUAAAUUCUACAUACAAAAGGCAUUUUAAAGAUUUCCAUG